CACAAAAUGGAAACCCAACCAGCCAGUGUGAGGAGACCUGUGAAAGUGGCAACAUGGCAGAGUGUGGCGAUGGAGACAGCAGCAAUGGGAGCGAGUCGGUGAUCAGGGACCCCAUGAGGACACACUCUGGGGCCACCUGCUGGCCUUGCAUGCAUGAGGAGGUGCGGUAGUUACGGGGGCCCAUGGCAGAUUACGGGCCUGGCAGCAGCAAUGGGAGUGGGGAGGCCCGUAAUUCUGCCAGCACCCUAUGACAAAAUGGAAUCCAGCAGGUGUGAGAGGAGACCUGAAAGUGGUCACAUGGCAAGAGUGUGGCGAUCGGAGACUGCAGCAAUGAGGGCCUCCCUUACAGGGGACCCAAUGUGAGUACACUGUGGACCUGGGCUAGCAGGCAUGA